AGAUCAGAUGGCUGCCUGGACAUAAACAUUGUCGUUUGUCAAAUGAUGUGUUUAACUGCAAGCCAGGAAGACAUGAAUCCCUCUUUCAUUAUUUAGUCGCCAGAAUGUGGCUUUACCACGAGCAGUUUUUUGAGUAAAAACAUGCCUUCAAGGAAUUAAGGUAAUUUCUCAGUGUAAACGUGUGAGUUAGGGUAGUGCAAGUUUGUAUCGUUGGAUCAAAACACUUUCACACACUAAACACGUCUAUUUGAGAUAUUGGAAUGGGUUACAUGCCUCUAUGGUCCAAAUGGAGAAUAAAGAGCGCGACGAGGUGGAUAAAAUGAAGACGAAGUUCUUGUCUAUGUGGCACAAUGUCAAAUACAGUUGGGCUCUGAAGUCAAAGACCUCGUUCAGCCGAAAUUCCCCUGUGCUUCUUCUGGGAAAGUGUUAUCAUUUUAAGGCUGAAGAUGAUGACAGUGUUUCAGAAGCCCGCUUGCAAGCAUCGGAUAAGGAUUCUGUCAUGGGAAAUAUAGAGGAUUUCCGGAGGGAUUUUGGAUCUCGUAUAUGGCUAACAUAUCGAGAAGCGCUUUCCCCUCUGCCUGGCUCUGUUCUAACGUCCGACUGUGGCUGGGGUUGCAUGCUGCGGGCUGGACAGAUGAUGUUGGCUCAAGCACUUAUUCUGCACUUCUUGGGCAGAGACUGGACCUGGUCAGAGGCGCUCCAGCUCCAGUGUUUAGACGCUGAGACACGGACCACCGCUGCAGCCAAGCGCCUGGUGGAAUCCCUGGAGUCCUCUCUACAGGGCACCCUCAACAGGCCGUCCAAUCCUGAAUCAUCAGCCAGAGUUCCGACUCAAGCUCCAGGGCCAGCAGAGGAGGCAGAUGCCCAUUUAAAAGAAAUGUACCACAGGACACUGAUUUCAUGGUUUGGAGACAACCCUUCCGCCCAGCUGGGUCUGCACAGACUGGUGCAUUUAGGUCUGACAUUGGGGAAACAGGCGGGGGACUGGUAUGGACCCGCUGCUGUAGCGCACAUUCUAAAGAAAGCUAUGGAUGAAGUGAAGGACCCUGCUUUAACCAGUGUAACCGCUUAUGUCUCCCAGGACUGUACAGUGUACAGCGCUGAUGUGAUUGAUAGCCACAGGGAAAGCAAAGAUGAGCAGCCAUCAGCUGGUACGUCAGAUGACCUGUACCCUCCACAAAACAACCCAUCGGUGUCUGCGCUCACCCUGCCAGACAGUCAUGCUGUUAUCAUUCUCAUCCCUGUGCGACUGGGAGGAGAUCAGACCAACCCUGAGUACUUUAACUUUGCAAAGAGAAUACUAAGUCUGGAGUACUGCAUCGGCAUCAUCGGAGGGAAGCCCAAACAGGCCUGCUACUUUGUAGGAUUUCAAGAUGACAGCUUGAUUUACAUGGACCCUCAUUACUGUCAGUCUUUUGUGGAUGUCAGCACCAGCGAUUUCCCUCUCCAGUCCUAUCAUUGUCCUUCACCAAAGAAGAUGCCUUUCACGAAGAUGGAUCCAAGCUGUACCAUAGGAUUCUACUCCAGAAGUGUCCAAGACUAUGAGAAAAUCAGCCAAGAGCUGUCUCAGGUGCUUCAGCCAUCAGCAAGCGACAAAUACCCAGCGUUCACUAUUGUGCAAGGUCAUGGCAGAGAUUACGACCUGUCAGCCAGCCUGACCCCAGAAAAGAGAGAAUGGCCCUUCAUCCGUGACCCGAGGAGGACAAUCACCACCGCUGGGGGCUUUGUACUACUUUGAUAGAACGGUUUUGUCUGAGAUGGAUGUGACAUUGAACUUUUUAGAACUGGACCCUCCCUGGAAACAGUCUUUUCACUGAUUGGUGAACAGCUGGAUUGCAAGUGUUAACUAGGUAAAAUACUUGAGUUUGGCCUAGGACAUUUUUAGCACUCUGCUGAAUUAUCCAAUCUAUUUUUAUACUAAACAGCAGAAGUAGUUGACGUGUGCAAUUGUUUCAUACUUUUAUUUGACCCAGCAGACAUUUCAGUUGAACAGUGAACAUGUUCAGUACCUCCACAGUGCCACCCAUAUGGAAAAUAAAGAAAUUUAAAUUUCUGCAAUCCCGCUCGCAUUUUGCAUGAUUUGUAUUGGACUUGACGGAUAUCACAAAAAAAUUAUUUGAGUUAUGUCUAUGAACGCUUCUAAGCCCGCUCCAACAACAAUUGAUCAAAUGGGAUGCACGUUUUAGCCCAUGUAAAAACAAUCCUUUACUUUCGUGUCACACCGGAUGGAGCCUUCUAUCAUGUUGCAUUUGCAUGUUCUACAUUUGUAUUACAUUUGGAAUGAAACUGGAAAUAUUAAAUAAAUAACUUUUUGAAACCCUGUGAAA